CAGUUGCCAUGUUCCGAAACAGCUGUUUGUCACGGCGCUGUCGAUUCGCGGUCCAGCGUCAAACCUUUCACGCCGCAUAAUUCAUUAAUAAUGUUACAAUGUUUAUUAACGGCGUAGGCUUUGUUUGUUAAUCGUGACCGCGUGGACGAUGAGUAAUGAAAAUUCAAUAACGUAUGUGUCGCUUUCGCGGAACACUGUAUAUAUCAGAUAAAGAGAUUAUUUGUUUCGGAGUGACUAUUGUUGAGUAGAUUUUAAAAGAUAAAAAAAUGAAUAACGUUCUUACGUCUUCAAUAAAGACUGUUAGCCAGAAGAUAGUAUCUGGUGAAAUUCGUCCAUCGGAACUGAUAAAAGCUACUCUGAAUCUGACUGCAACUGUUAAACCUCUCAAUCCAUUUAUUACUGUUACAAGUGAACUUGCAAAACAACAAUCUCAUGAAUCAGACAAAAGACAAAAGAAAAAUGCAUUGUUGGGACCACUUGAUGGGAUUUCAAUUGCUGUCAAGGAUAACUUUUGCAUAGCUAAACAACCUACAACUUGUGCAUCCUUGAUGCUUGCCAAUUUUAUACCUGGUUAUGAUGCUACUGUUUAUAAGAAAUUGAAAGAAUCCGGUGCUGUUUUGAUUGGAAAAACUAAUUUGGAUCAGUUUGCUAUGGGUGCUGGCACUGUUGACUCUUAUUAUGGGCCUUCUAAAAACUUGUGGGGUUCAGAGAUUAUGAAGAAUUAUAUUUUUGAUGAUUAUUUCCAUGACGAAGAGAUACAGUUUGCUGAUAUCUUGUCCAAUGAAAAUAAGUGGUAUAUAGCAGGAGGAAGCAGCGGAGGUUCAGCCAUAGCAGUUUCAACAGGAACAUGUUUUGCAGCUUUGGGCUCAGACUCUGGUGGCUCUACUAGAAAUCCAGCCUCAUAUUGUGGCAUUGUAGGUCUCAAACCAACGUAUGGCCUAGUCUCUCGACAUGGUCUCAUACCCCUAGUCAAUUCCAUGGAUGUACCUGGAAUAAUGACAAGGACCAUAGAUGAUGCAAUUCUAAUGCUUAACACGUUGGCUGGACCCGACCCACUGGAUUCAACAACUUUGAAAGAUCCAUAUAUUCCUUUCCAAUUAUUGUCACCUGUAGAUGUGAGUGGAUUAAGGAUAGGAUUGCCAAAGGAAUAUAGAUGUAAUGAAUUGUCAGAAGAGAUGGACUCAAAUUGGGUAGAAAUAAGUCAGUUGUUAGAGGAAGGAGGAGCCAGGGUAUUCCCAGUUUCACUUCCUCAUACAGAAUACUCAAUAGUAUGUUACUCUGUUCUUAACCAAUGCGAAGUCGCUAGCAACAUGGCUCGAUACGACGGUAUAGAAUACGGCUACCGAGCUGACGUGUACACCUCGACGGAGGAACUGUACGCGCAGACACGAAGUAAAGCCUUCAACGACGUGGUGCGAAGUCGAAUUCUCGCUGGCAAUUACUUUCUGCUCUCGGAGAACUACGACGACUACUUUGUCAGAGCGAUGAAAGUGAGACGACUCAUAGCCGAGGACUUUGACCGCUGCUGGCAAUCUGGUGUCGACAUUCUCCUCGCACCGACGACCCUCGGCGAAGCGCCAACUUAUCGCGACUUCGUCAGCGUCGACAACCAGACGCAGUGCUCGGUUCAAGACUUUUGCACUCAGCCAGCGAACAUGGCUGGGAUACCAGCUGUAAGCGUGCCCAUCAAAUUAUCCAGAAGAGGACUUCCGUUGUCGCUGCAACUGAUGGCUCCAAAACUCUGCGAGGAGAGGCUACUUGCAGUUGCCAAGUGGAUCGAGGACGUCGUCAAGUUUCCGAGACUCGUUCUUAAGGACGACGCAUUAAUUAAAUAAUUUCGCUCGUUAUAAGCGCUUGAGUGCGCCACCGAUAGAUGCUUUUUAUAAGAUUGUCGCCAUGAUGAUAAAGUUGCGAUUGUUACGAGAGUUAUUGGGAGAAUUGAGGAGUUAUUGAUAUUUGUUGAAUUUGAGUAAAUAAAAUUUUAUAUUUG